UGGUCACCCGCUUCCAGAACAUUUGUCGAUGAGCCCUUUCCCACAUUAUCGAGGCCAGCGCUUCGCUCGAUCCCAUGUUUUGGUCACCCAACGGUGCGAUACAUUAUUGGUGGCCAAACUGCCGUCGGCAGUUGAAGCGGUAGCCCGCCGUCCAUUAUCGAGUGGGGGUUCAGUUCUGGAUUUUCCAUGUUUCGCCGAGCUCUGCAUUCGACCGCUCGGACCUUGGCAUCACGACGUGAGAUGUGGAACCUCUUGCGCCCGUCCAACUGGCAUCCCGCGGCGGCGUUGGAGCAAUCGCUCCUGGAGGGGGACAAGCUGGAGCGCGCGAUGCUCAACUCGCUCAAAUUGGUGCCGUGGGGAUGGAACAUGGAGCAGUUGGCGAAGGAAGAGCGAGAAUUUUUUCAAGACAUUCCAGACGACUACAAGGGCAAAGAGCAAAACAGCAAGACGACCACGCUUCCGUACGCCAACUACUCGUACAGCAGCGCAUAUCUCGUCGACAAUGAUGGACGCCGGGUGGAGAGCGUCCGCCGGCGAUAUGAAGAUUCGACGGGCAAGUUGAAAGCCAUGCACGCCCGCGAUGUGAAUGGACGCAAGAUGCUCGCCAAGUGGAACCGCGACCAGUACAGCGAUAAAGGCACGCACGAAGUGAAGUGUUCGGAGGGGACUCCAGAGGAAUUUGAAGAACUGUGGAAGAAGACGCCAUUUGCCGACGAAGAAAAACCCAUAGAGUUGGGCGAGCCAGACACCCUCAAGCAAAACAAACCGAUGGACACGGAACAAGCCCUGCCGCUGCAUGCAUCUCCCAUCGAGUCUGCCACUGCCUGAGAGACUCCCCAAUCGAUCAUGUAGUGCCAGAACAUUAUUGAAAGACAUCCACUUCGUCAGCUUUCCACGACGUUUGUCGUUGGGGACACGACCAUGUCACCCAUGUUUGAUGCCUAAAACAAACUCGAAGAAGCUUUGCAUCUUGACAAACGCGA